GGUAUAUCAAAGACGUACGUUCGAUAAAAAAAAGUUAAUUUAUACACACUUGGUACAACAACAAAUAUAUCCAAAAUUUUGAGUUAAAGGCGCGUGGAUCUCCACAGUGAAGUGGCGCUGAAAGAACUAAGUAAAUUGUUUCGGUAAAUAUAGAGUACACUGACACCAAAGAACAAACGGCAGCAAUCACCCAUUGAAAUCAAUAUCGCAAAGGACGAGGUAUAGCCGCUAUAUAAAUUUAUAACAUGAAAGCCGAUCGGCUUAUGCGUGUCAAUGGACGCAAAAAUCUCUGGCUAUUGCGGAACACCAAUAAGAUUUACGAUAGUGCGGUAAAGAGCUACUAUGACCGCAAAAACUCCUUCCUGGCCUGCAAUCCAACAGUAAUGCAGAGUCUGAAGGUGUGUGAAGAGCAUAGAGCACCGCUGCGGAAAACAUUGUUGGAAUAUCCACGCAACCACAAACAGGUGGUCGAACAGGUGAAUAAUGCCAAUUCGGGUAAUCUACUGAGUACCGUGAUUCAGGCCAAUCGACGUCGUUCCAUGUCCUUUUCAGCUGGCGGCCUGCGCAUGUACCGCGGCAGCAGCCGGGAAUGGGGAAACUUCGGAAGCAGUCUAGCAAGUAGCAGCACUUCGCUCGGUGCCGGCAACAAGCAGAGGCGCAACAUGCGAACGGCAGCUGCUGAAAUGGAUAUUGAUCAGCUCAAUCUGAGCGUAUUGCACGGACGUUCGAUGAGCUUACCGGCGCGUACAACACUCGAGUUGGGCAUGGGCAAUGCGUCAGACAACAACAAGGUCAGAAAGAGAGAUCCCCAGCCCAGCUGCCGUCAUCAUCUAAAUAAGAUUGAGCAGUCAAGGCAACGGCAGCACAGUCGGAUUUCUGACUACGACUAUGCCGAUCCGCAGCUGAUGGUUGUUGAUGAGGCACUGAAGCAAUGUCUUGCCGGCCGAUUCGACCGCCAAGCCGAAGCUGGCGAGAACUUCGGCAAAGGCCGACUUAUCGAUAGCCUGCAGCUAAAGGGUCUAUCCCAGGCGGCCCAAAAGGAGCAGAUGCGCAUCCACACGCUCGGCGAUCGCAUUAGACGAUUUGAGGUUAUACAAUUUGCAGAUGGGCCAGUCAAAUUUCAAGCCUUCAAUCGCCGUCAAGAGUAUGGAAGUGGCCGCAUCCGGCAUCUAGACAGCAAGCAGAUACCAAAACAGCCGCACUGCCUCAGCUUUCACAAUGUGCUCCACACGAAUCACAGGCAGCGCAGCAUGAACUAUCCGAUAAAGCAGGAACUGAAGCAGAAGCAGGAGCAGGUACAAAAGAUGGUAAUGGGGACAAAGCGAAGGACACAGGCCGUUCAAUUGGUCAGUGAAAAAAAGAAGGCGACGCCGCUGGAGCCGCUGGGGCCGCUGGGGCCGCGGGCGCCCAACCGGCGACCGCAGCAGAAACAGCAGCAGCAGGAACAACUAAAUCCAGGAUAUAUAGAUGCCUCGCCAAGGCCCAAUAAAAAGCUUAAUAAGACCAAAUCAAAAAGGUCCAUCAGACUAGCCAAAACCCGGAGCAAGAUCCUAAAGCAGACCGGAAGCCAGACCAACACCAAGAACAAGCAAAUGACCCAGCAGCAGCAGCAGCAGCAUCACUUGGACAAAGGAAAGAUCAAGAAGAUGCGCAAUCUAAUCUCAAGCAGGUACUGCGCAAGUGGCAUCCAAGCAGCUGCCACAACCAAUAAAAUCACUCGCACCAGUCAUGUGGUUCAUAUUAGAAGCAGCAACGCCGGCCGACGACUGGAAUUGGCACCUCAACGACUAGCCGAGCAGCUACAGGCGCAGCGCGAAAAGAAAAUGCCACAAAAAAUGACAAUAAAGCUGCCCGAACAGCCGGAGUCAUUGAAAGGUAUAAAUCAUCUGGUAGCUGCGAGUGCCAGUCAAGUGACCGACUGCAAGCGUGCCGUUAAGAAGCAACAGCAGAUAAUGCGGGCAGAAAUGUUGCACAUGCACGCUCAACAGCUGCGCCAGAGAGAGCAGCAAAAGCAACAACAACCGCAGCAAAUACACCAACUACACCGCGAACUCGUCAACCGACAGCAGCAACACCCGCAAAAACUGUUGAGUAAACCAACGGGAUGUUUGCCAAAGGCUGUUAAAACGCACGCGAUAUCGCAGCCAAUGAGUAAGCUAAAGCCGCCAGCUAAAAUGAAACCAAAGACGAAGCAGCCGAGACAGCAGCAGCCAAAGCAGCAGUACCAAAAGCAGCAGCACCAAAAGCAGCUGAAGUUACCACAGACAAAGAAAAGGGCAACACAACAGUGGGAGGGUAAAAAGUCUACGGGCAAUCGGCAAUCAGCGGCGAUUCCUCUGCCUGUCGAGCCCAGCCAGAAGCGAAGACCUCAGAAUUUACCAAUCCACGAGCCCGCCGGCGGUCACAAAAACGCCACGGAGAAAUACCUAUCGACAUCGUAUCAGAGAAUGCAGCAACAGCAGUUGCAUCAGCAGCUGCGGCAGCGUCGACAGCAGCCCUACGAGAACAUCUGGCGUCACACCUACUAAUGGCAAAUCUGUAUAUGCACACAACACUAACAUGCAUACUUAGUAACAUCCACACACACGCAUGACCUACAUACCCAAUUGCGGAAGACUGCAUUGACCUGUCCGAUACAUACACAGAGCGACGAAUCUCAACAAUACUUGUUAUUGGCAAUAAAAAAUAUAAAAUAUAUAUAAAUACA